AUGGCUAAAAAGGACAAGAAAAACAAAGAGGCAAAGAAAGCGUUGAAGGCUGCCAAGGCUGAGAAAAAGGCUGCCAAGGGUGAUUCCAAACUGAAGAAACUAUCGAAAAAGGCAGGUGACGAUAUUGAAGAUGAUGUCGAUAUUGAUACCUUGUUAGCGCAACUGGCAGAAGAGCAAGCUCAAUUCGAAGCGGUACAUGUGUCGACAAUUGACAAACCCAUCAAGAGGACGAAUGCGACCCUUGUAGCUGCUCCAAUGGCCCAGCGCCGGGAGCUGUUUUUAUUUGGUGGUGAAACAGCAAAUAACCAAGGUAUCGUGCAUUUCCAUAAUGAUUUGAACGUAUAUUCGCCUGAUAGUGACACUUGGAGGAGAUAUGUUAGUAAAAAUUCUCCAUUGGCAAGAUCGUCCCAUGCAAUGUGUUUCCAUCCUUCGGGUAUCAUGGUUUUACAUGGUGGUGAAUUUUCUUCUCCAAAACAGUCCACCUUCCACCAUUACUCGGAUACUUGGAUCUUGGACGUCGAGUCUAAGGAAUGGGCUAAAGUGGAGGAAAAGAGGGGCCCAAGUGGAAGAUCGGGUGCUAGAAUGGCUGUUUGGAAGAACUAUGUUAUUCUUUCGGGCGGUUUCAGAGACCUGGGUUCCCACACAACUUACCUGAAUGAUCUAUGGUUGUUUGACGUAAUGAGUUAUAAAUGGACCCAAGUUGAAUUCCCGCAAACCAUGAGUAUGCCAGAUCCAAGAUCUGGCCACUCCUUCAUCUGUUACAAUGAUGAGUGCGUCCUUUAUGGUGGCUAUACAAAGGUGAAGGCAGGUAAAGGGUUACAGAAAGGUAAGGUUUUAACUGACACAUGGACUUUGAAGAUGAAGUCGGAUAUCAAAUCCUUAAGAUGGGAGAGAAAGAGGAAGCAAGGGUGGCAGCCAUCUCCAAGAGUUGGGUGUUCCAUGCAGCUGCACAAAGGCAGAGGUUUCCUCUUUGGUGGUGUGUAUGACUUGGAUGAAACUGAAGAGACUCUAAGCUCUGAAUUUUAUAAUACACUUCUAAGUUAUAACUGUGAGACUAAUAGAUGGUUCAAUUUGAAAUUAAAACCUCGUAAGAAGAGGGAGGUUGUUAAAAAGGAAAAAAUCAAUAGGGACAAAGAACUGGAGGACAUUUUAAAUGAAAUUUUGAAGAAUGCUAAUUUGAAUGACGAUGAUGACGGGGAGGUGGAAGCAGAUUCUACCAAAAACUCCAUUGGAGAAGAUGACGAGGAAGAAGAGCACAAAAAGAAGGAGUAUCCUAUUAGAGCGCAGUACCCACACGAAAGAUUCAAUGCUCAUACUUGUGUUAUGGACGAUAUCUUCUACAUUUACGGUGGUGUUUGGGAAGAUGGGGAGAUUGAGUGCAAUUUAGACUCUUUCUAUGCAAUUGAUAUAUCUAAACUUGAUGGAGUUACUAUAUUUUGGGAAGACUUAUCUGAAAUCGAUGCAGCAACUGCAGAAUUCGAAGAUGAAUUUGAAGACGAUGAAGACGAGGACGAUGAAGAUGACGAUGAAGGGGAUGAAGAAACUGAUCAGAAGCUAAUUGCAGAAGACGAGGACGAAGAAGAGGACGAAGAGGAUGCAGAAGAUGUCGAGCCUGCUAUCCCUGAUGAAAGGCCAUGGCUUCCACAUCCUAAAGCUUUUGAGUCUUUGCGUAAUUUCUAUGUGAGAACAGGUGCCGAAUUCUUGAAGUGGGUCAUUGAUCAAAAUAGAGAUUCCAGAGGUAAGGAUUUGAAAACCAAGGCGUUUGAAUUGGCUGAAACCAGGUGGUGGGAGAGAAGAGAAGCAGUGCAAGCCGAGGAAGAAGAAUUGGAGGAGAGUGGUGUUGAGCAAGUCAUUGAAAAAGACUUCUCUAAAGCUACAAAAAGAAGAUAG